AUGUUCAUCAUCGACAGCAUGACAUCAGUGUUCAACACCGAUGCUUCACUGCCGUACAACCAUGACUUAUUUGAAAGCCUUAUUGUAAAGAAAAGAGUAAAGGACACCGGGGUUUUGAAAACCAUCCAGUGUUCGCUUCAUUAUUUCAUCGGUGACGAAGUCGAACAAAAAUGGGGAGAGUGGACAUCCUUAUCUGACACCACUUUUUGUAGGGAAGCUUUUGGAGAGCUCAACAUACACCCUCACCCGCCAGAAGUAUUGGCCACCUCUCUGUUUAUUUCGGAUGUUAGUACUGCACAAAACAGCCUGCAGUCGGUACAUAGCUGA